ACCCCGAGGUAUUUGGAACUGUCUGCUUCUUCUAGCUGAUAGCCAUUAAUCUCGAGAGGCGCCCCCUCUCCUGGUCAGGGAUGCAACUUGGAAACGGCUUGGUCUCCCCAGCGUUUAUGGAUAAACCGACGGAUUUAGCUACCUCAUUCACCCUGACACCACAUAUUGUAGAUCGUCAAAGCUUGAAGCUGAUACAGCGAUAAUAUCGGCGUAAUCGAGAUCAGUCAGCCGGCAGCCGGGUGAAGACUCAAGACCGUCAAUUUCGUGUAGGGCUUUCUCGAGAAUCCAAUCAAUGUCGUGGCUUAAUAGAAUGGACGACAGGAUACAAACUUGUCAAAGGCUAGACCGAAUAUCGGUUGGCAGAGAUUGUUAUGGCCUAAAACUUGCGCGGUGGUUGGGCGGUAGUAGGUGUUGAUCAUGACGAUGAUUUUAGGCAGAAUUUCAUACCCAAUCCCGAAGUGUGGAACAUCUGGGGCUCGAACUCGCGACCUCUUAGUUAGUAGUCCAACGCCUCUAACCACUGAGCCACGGGCCGGCGCACUAUCUAGUUCCAUUAUUCGCCACGGGUUUACUAUGAAUGAAACCGGACGUAGCGGCCUGGUUAGGCCUCGUUCUAGAGUCACGUACGACCGGGAAUCGCCUGAGAACGGCAACUGCGAAGACCUUCGCAGCGACAUCAAUGAGGCUUACACUGCGGUAGUUCUCGCAUCUUGUCUUAUCACCCUUCCUAAAGGCACAAGGAUGCCCGAGUCCUGGUCAUCAGGAACGACCCCAUUCUCUCUGCGCUUGUUCAAUCACCCCAUGGAGGCAGGGCGCCAGAAUGUCGACGCAAGACGUGUGGGUUUCAGCCUGAAUACCGUCCUCUCCGGGGUCUUGUUGCGCAGCCUUUGUAUUGCAUCAGUGACUUCCUCAGAAGGGGGAUCGCGUGACAUUGUACAAGCUGGAGAGGGACAAAGCUACGCCUCAGAGAGGGCCUUGGGUUCGAUACGUUGCUCAUUUAAGUUGCUUAAAGUGCUCGCGCCAGCGAAUCAUCAACAAUCGGGUCAGGUGGCUGGCACGGCUGGACCCGCACCUGGACGUGCCACCACAUCCCCUGGGCCACAACAUACACUUGACCAGGAUUUUUCACCACCAGCAGCAAGAACACCCCAACAGGUGUCAGAAGGACUAGAAUGGCUGGGCAGCCAUGCCCACUACCAGCGGGAGCACAAGCGCAUCUACCGGCAGGGAACAAGGUAUCAGGAAAUUGCCAGCGCAUACCAGCCUGCGAGGGCCAUGGCUUGCUUAUACUGGCAUAGCGCACGCUUUCAGACCUUUUGACCUCAGAUAGCAUCAUAAGAUUGGAGACGUCAGGUGUCUGACGUGUUAGCGUAUACAACUGCGGACCUGUGCAUGGGAAGUUUGUCUUGCAAUUUGUUUUGAUUAGCAAAAAAGCUGCUGAAAGUCAUUGUUUACUUGAGGAAUUUAUGCUGAAUAUAUUUUCUCUGAAAGAACAUACUAGAAAUACCUUGAGCGCUUUAAAAUGGUGUUCUUCAACGUUCAAGACAGCUGGAAAAUUUAGGGUGAAGAAUUGGAAACGGUAGUCGAUCACGACCCAUGUCAAAGGCCUAAAGAAAUGUCAUAAGUACUUAUUGACAGAUCCACUAUUGGCAAACGUUUGCAUCCAUAGGAAAUAGUACGAAAACAAGGAAUUUGGAUGCUGCAUAAAUUGACUGAAAGGCAACACGAAAAGCAUAAAACCACGUGUGAAAUGUUGCUUUGAAGACACUUAUUUUUCGCAUCCAAUCGUUGUUGGUGACGGAAAAUGGACCUGUCAAGAUAAUCCCAGACGAUGCCUGGUCAAUUAUCAACAUCAACGUCAAAGCAUCAUGUGGUUUACUGUUAGUUGUUGCAACGGUCUGAACCUUUUACUGCCAAGCGAUAUCAACAAUAAUUAGCCGAGCCGAGUUGAGUGCCGAAUACCAAAAGACCAGGAUAUGAUGGAAGACAUGAUAAGGUGAUUUUACAACAUGAUAACGCUAGGCCUCAUGUUGCACAUUUGGCCGAUGCAACAUGGUCUUGUUUAUUAGCGUUUACUUGUCAUUAAAAAGUCAUAAACCGGCUCGAUCAAUAGAUUACUCAAAAGAUCAACAGCGGAAUCCAUUUGUUACUGGAAAGAUAGGAACAGAUUAUAGCCGCCAACGGAAAAUACUUUGAAUAUGGUAUAAUGCAUAGUUAUUAUAUAAAUAAAUGUCGUUUUCUUUCUUAAAACGAUGGCGCGAAUUAAUUCUCUUUCCCGGUAGAUGGAACAGGUGUCCUCGCCGAACAGCUUUUUAAGAGAGGCUCAACCUCUGAUAAUGUUGUUACUUAGAAGGUUCAUAUUUCUGUAACACCUAGACCUCUCUCCUAUAAAUCCUCUGGCCUCACUUAGCUGAAUUUCGUCGUUGCAAAAGAACAUUUUUCCUACAAAAGCGCCUUUUGUAUCCUUUCAGUGGCCUGGGGACCGUAGUUGCUUAAGAUGUGUGUAUUUUUACAAUUCCGUGCUUGGCUAAAUUUCACCAGAUUUCUCCCGAAGGACUGUGCGAAAAUUGGCUUAACUUACUCAGCUAGUAGGGAAUUUUGUCUGGCAGCAUUUAUGGAUGAUUUGUCGACUCCUGCAUUUUCACAAGUUAUCUUAGGUAUUAUCGCCAAAUCAAAUUUUAUCAUCUCUAUUAAAUCACUAUGAAGAGCCCUCCCAAGGUACUGCAGUGGAUCAAGAUCACAAUAUGUGUCUUAAUAGCAGCAUGGAUAAGCUUGAUGAUAGGCAGCUGAGGGGAAUACUUUAGCAAACCUUUAGCAAGCUUCCAUGCUUGCAAGUCCUUUUAAAAGCCAAGUACACUCAAGCUCGCUAGUGAUGCUCCCGGGGUAUACGAUGCGAUUCAUAUCUACUGGUUACUCUGAACGACGGCUUAAGAUCGGGAGGAAGGAGCUGCACUUGACGCUGUUAUUGUUGCUGCUGCAAUUUGAACGAGAGUACUUGAGCGGACUUACGGUACUGGUGGGUGUUGUUUAUGUCCCCGCACUCUGGCUACUAGUUUCACAUAGUGGGAUGUUCCAGACUGUUAAGGCAGAAAAAAGAGUAACCGUUUUUUAUCUUUUUAUAUGCCAUCCAUUGUUUUCUGGUCCCUUGCCAGUUAUCGGCGGAAAUUUUCCUCUGUUUGGUUCUUGUUCUAGAAAUUUGGUUUCCUCCGAAAAUCCCCAUUUGAAAUGAUAGAAUGUGCUAGUCUUUAAAAAAAUUCGUAAAUCCUCUGAAUCUAGAAACAUUCCGAUGCGGGAUUGCGCUUGUAUAUAGUCAUGCACCUCCAGGAGUUUCUUUACACGGGAUUUUUCGGAAACAAACUGUUUCUAAGGCCAAAUCUCAAGAAGGCUGUACUUCCUGUAAAUUGACAGAUUUUCUUUUCGGUCCUCUGUGUUGUCAUUAGCUGACUUUAUGCGAGCACUAACGCAAAUGACAGGAACGCCCGCUAACCAUGCAGCGAAGCGUUUUUGAUUAUGAUUGUUACAGCUGACCGGAAUAAUCCCUUGUGGAUAGGUAGCGUAGCGCCGUGAAAUCUUUUCUCAUAUUUCUCAUUAUUGCUACCAGAUUUAACGUCCUUCUUUGAUCUCAAAGACACGUUGCGACUCAGUUUCAAAACCUACCGCACGUGCAGUGCGCCCCCAGUUUUUCAGACAAUUCUAAACAGACAGGAGUAUCGAUUUUUUCGUUUUGUUUCUAGCGCCCCUUCAUCGAAUUGCCUGAACUGAUUUUGGCGCCCCGGCAACCCCCCCUCACCUCCGAGACCUGGCAGAAGCAUUUGGAUCGUGAAGGUCGUGUGACCGUCAUUCAUAAGCUACAGGCUGAAAUCUUCAAUGGCGUAUGUCUUUCACCCUUUCAAGAAUUUGACUCCUCCUUCUCCCCUAGCACCACUUUUCAUCUGUCUUUCCACUUUGUGUUCAUAAGCACAGCCAGAGGCUCGGCGUAAUCAGCUUGGCAGCCGGAAUGUCGCACUCCAACUCAUUGUGCACUGAUCAGAUGUAGUUUCAUGCCCCGACUAGCGAAACAGCUGUGGCGCCACAGAUCCCCUAAGCAGAUAGUCUUUUCAUGCUUUGCGAGCCAAAUAAUGGCCCUUCGAUGCCGGUCAGCCCUGUUUUCCCUGACCAGAUUUGCGGGAUAUUUAUGGGUGUCAGCGGCUAGAAACCACUAUCAAGAUAAAAUAGCCUGUUGUCUACACCUUGCACAGCAUGGUCUAUAGUUUAUCGAGGAGACUAUGGUCUCGCCGUGAUGUCUGUUAGAGAAGAGGGACCCGAGUAUGUAAGGCUUCAAUCGAAACCGUCCUGUUUUGUAGCUUCGAAACUUGUUUCCUGGUGGGGGUGGUAACGACAGCGAUUGUGGCUGACCGUGGUUGUGCUAACUGACCCGAGCGGGGCCUUGUCUCCAUUUUAUGGGUUACGAACCAGUAGCAACAUCAGACUUAUUGCCAACUGUUUUGUUGUUGAUAACAACUAUUGCACUUUCUCGGAGCCUCGUACUCGCUGCGUUUGCUGAGAUCCUUGAUGCGCUGGCCGCCUCCGUAUAGUUCUGCCUAUUUGAACGGCACCUCUUGUCGCUUUCGGAUAAUCAAUUUAACUUAUUUCUUUCCCAAGCCGGGCCGUAGUAGCCCAGAACCGUGUUGUCUGUUUUAAAGGAUUGUGUUCGUUUCAGAAUUGUGAACUCCUUGCUGACAGUAAAUCGAAUAAGCUGAUCUCUCUUUUUGUAUCUCUGCAGUCGGUGACAAAUCUCAUCAAAUGUUAA